AUGACUGAAAACAAGGGCGCUUCUCGCAAUUCUUUCAAAGACAAAGAAAAGCCCGUUGAGGUCCGCCUCAGUAAUAUCAUCGCAGCAAAAGCUGUGGGUGAUGCAAUACGCACCUCACUAGGUCCAAAAGGUAUGGAUAAGAUGAUUCAAACGGGAAGUGGCGAAGUGGUUAUCACGAAUGAUGGGGCUACCAUCUUGAAGCAUAUGGCUGUCUUGCAUCCAGCGGCGAAAAUGCUUGUUGACCUAUCAGCUGCACAAGACGUUGAAGCUGGGGAUGGAACCACAUCUGUCGUAGUUAUAGCGGGAGCCUUGUUGAGAGCUUCUGAGAAACUUCUUUCCAAAGGUAUACAUCCAACAACUAUUGCGGAGUCAUUCCAGAGAGCAGCAUCAAAAGCCUCAGAGUUUCUUACGGAAAUGUCUACCAAGAUUGAUUUGAUCGACCGGGAUUCACUGAUGAGAGCAGCCAGCACCGCAUUGAAUUCUAAGAUUGUUUCGCAAUACUCCGGCCUUCUUGCUCCUAUUGCUGUAGAUUCAGUUCUUCGUGUAAUCGACACGACAACAGCUACAAAUGUCGACUUGAAAGAUGUCCGCAUAGUAAAGAAAGUUGGGGGCACUAUAGAUGAUACCGAGUUGGUUGAUGGUUUAGUCUUAGCCCAAAAUGUGAUCAAGAGUGCCGGUGGGCCGACACGCAUCGAGAAAGCAAAGAUUGGUCUCAUGGAGAAUCAACUCGUUGUAAACGAUUACCGAUUGAUGGACAAAAUUCUAAAAGAAGAACGACAAUAUCUGCUAAACAUGUGCAAAAAAAUAAAGAGAGCCGGAUGUAAUGUAUUGUUUAUUCAAAAAUCUAUCCUCAGAGAUGCCGUCAAUGACUUGUCGCUGCAUUUCUUGGCCAAAUUGAAGAUUUUAGUAAUUAAAGACAUUGAAAGAGACGAGAUAGAAUUUAUCUGCAAGAGCACGGGCUGUAAACCAAUUGCGGAUAUAGAAUCCUUUUCAGAAGAGAAGCUUGGCUAUGCAGAACUUGUUGACGAAGUUCAAACGUCGGGCGCUCGUGUGGUCAAAGUCACUGGAGUAAAGCAUAACGGAAGGACGGUCUCCGUGUUGAUUCGUGGAGGCAAUCAAUUAGUGCUUGAAGAAGCCGAGCGAUCCUUGCACGAUGCACUUUGUGUAGUACGAUGUCUAGUUAAAAAGAAAGCAUUGAUCGCUGGCGGAGGAGCUCCAGAGAUUGAAGUAUCGCAAAAGUUGCUUACAUAUGCGAAAACGCUUAAAGGGAUGGAAGCAUAUUGUUUUGAAGCGUUUGCUGAAGCACUCGAGGUCAUUCCGACGACAUUGGCAGAAAAUGCUGGACUUAAUCCAAUUGCGAUAGUUACGGAAUUACGAAAUCGACACGCAAAAGGAGAGACAACAGCCGGCAUUAACGUUCGAAAGGGCACCAUAACCAAUAUUCUUGAUGAGAACGUGAUUCAACCCUUGCUUGUGUCGACGAGUGCGAUAGAACUGGCAGCAGAAACAGUCAAAAUGCUUUUAAAGAUUGAUGACCUGGUUCAAACGCGAUAA